AUGGCUGUGAUGUCACCCAGCAAUGGUCCUCACCUCUCUGUGCCUCAUCUCACUCAUCAGAGCCUUUUCAGCCUCAAUUACCUUGUGAUGCUGCUUCAGGCUGUGCUCAUUCUUUCUGCCCCACAAGUGUCAAGCCUUCUCAAGAACUUUUACAUCCUGGACUUGUUGCACCCAGUGAUGUGAUUGGAAUUCUCAGCUUCUUAUGUCAGUCACAUGAUGGAUAAGAAAUACAGAUUAAGAAUUCAUCAAUGAUAUAUCUCUCAACUGAAGGAUGCAUACGUAGAGAUCUUCAGCAAUAAACUACUGGGUUAUAUAAAAUGUUUCCCAAAGGAAAUAUAG